UUGCUAAACUUGGUUAUAGUGAAAAAGAAAAUCCAGAACAGUCUUCAUGAUUGAUUUGUAAAUAAGGCGAUAUAUCUAUUUGUACGUAUUUCUUGAAGUCUAUACGCCGCUGAAAAGAUGAAAAAGAAAAAUAUUCUUAUCGGAUGUACCGGCAGCGUUGCCACAAUCAAACUACCUAUACUAGCUGAAAAGCUUCUUAAUCUUUCCGGUUUUGAAGUGGAUGUGCACGUAAUGGUGACCGAGCAUGCACGGCAUUUUUUCUCCCAAACCGACCUUCCAGGCACAGUUACGAUGCAUACCGACCAUGAGGAAUGGACGAGUUGGCAGGGUCGCGGUGACCCAGUGUUGCAUAUCGAGCUCGGAAAAUGGGCCGAUCUGCUGAUAAUCGCUCCGCUCGAUGCCAACAGUCUUGCUAAAAUGGCCACAGGAUUAUGCGAUAACUUACUGCUAUGCACAGUCCGUGCCUGGGAUCCCUCCAAGCCGCUACUCUUUUGUCCGGCUAUGAACACACGCAUGUGGCAGCAUCCGAUUACUGAAUCGCAGAUAUCCACUCUUAAAUCAUGGGGCUAUCGAGAAGUGCCCUGCAUCCCUAAGACACUUAUGUGCGGCGACACGGGAUUGGGGGCAAUGGCAGAAGUAGACACGAUUGUGGAAACCAUACGUGAGGUGUUGUCGGAAAAUAGUGAAUAG